GUGGCCUGCGACCGCGGCGACAACCUCGAGGCCGGCGAUCUCAUCGUGUUCGUCGAGGCGGGCGCCCCCAACGCGCCCCCGCUCACGUCGAUCGACGCCGAUCCUCUGGCCACCAUUGACGCGGCCGCGGCGGGCGGGAACGGGGCCGCGGACGGGCAGCAGCAGGCGGCGGCGGCGGUUUAG